AUGAUGAUGAAAUUGACCAAUGUCCACUGAAGCCACAGGUUUCGAUAUUUCACUUCAAUGAAGACGAAAAAAAAAUCAAAUAAAAAAUUUUGAAAUUUUUCCAGGGUGCUAAUCAUUUCAUCAAAAUGGAUUUAUUGAAAAAAAAUGUCAUUAAAUAUCCAAAAAGUUGUCAAUGAUCGUAUUGCCAUCAUCAUCGUAAUCGUUGGUAUGGAUCGAUUUAAUGGCCCAUACAAAUCCAUUAUGAAGAAAAAAAAACGAAAUAGUCGAUUUACGAAAACUAAAACGAAACGUAUCAUUUCCAUAUUCUAAUCAUCAUUUUCAUCAACAUCAUAAUCCUGAUGAUUUGUUGCCAUUUGCCGAUUUAUAAUAUUAUUGUUGUCGAUGUUGAUGAUGGUAGAUCGGCGGCAUAGUUUCACAAGUUUUGGACUUGGAUAAACGAGAGAAAUAAGAAACAAAAACUAGUUUCAUUCAAAACACAAGAUCAACGAGAAAAAGAGAAUGAAAAAUAUUUUUUUCCAUUCGAAAAUGAGAAAAUGAAUAAGGUCAACCUGUUGCUGUUGUUGUUGUUAUGUGUUGAACCACUACAUGAAGCAUUCGAAGCAACGGAUCCUGUUAUCAUCAUAUUCAUUUCAAAAACCGCUUCCAAUCAUUCAUUCAUUUAGCCGAGUAGUCAAAAUUCCAGAACAUUAUUAUUAUCAUUGUGUGUGUGUGUGUUUUGUUUUCGUAGCCAAUGUUUGUGUUUUUUCUUUCUUUCACACUAUGAUCAUGUUAUUAUCAUCAUCAUUUCAACAACACAAUGGACAACGAUUUUGUACUCAGUUUUUUGUUUUUGCUUUAGAAAACAAAAAAUAUAUUCUACAUUUAUUUGUGUUAAAUCAGAUCAUUGGUAAUUAAAUGAAAAUGUCGUAAUUUUAUUAAAAAGUUUCAUCCAAGAAAAUCCAGUGAAAUCAAAAAUGAUUCAUAAUGACUAAUUCUACAACUAUAACGUUUAUAAUAAUAAUAAUAUUAUGCAUUUGUUCCAUUCAUACGAAUGAUGAAUAUAAAUGUCCAAAAAAUCAAUUCUAUCUUUAUCCAUGUCGUUGUACAAGCAAUGGUUUUAGCGGUAUCGAUUUACAAUGUGAAAAUUCCAAUCUAGCCACUAUAUCAUUGGCACUUGAAAAUGUUAAAACACCAAUCAAUCAUUUGAUGAUCAACAAUGCCAAUAUUACACGUUUAUUUGGGCCAUUAUUCAAGGAUAAAAUCAUUCAAUCAUUAUCGAUUCGUGAUUCUAAUCUACAAACAAUUGAUUAUGAAUGUUUAAAUAUAAAUACAAAUUUUAAAUCCAUUCAAUUGGAUGGUAAUCGAUUCAUAUCGAUACCUGAAGCUAUAGGUAUCGAAUUGUCUAAUCUCACCAAAUUGACUGUGAUCAAUAAUAAAGAACGUAUCAUUAACGAAAUAAAAGCAAAUGAUUUCAAAAAGAAUGUUCAAUUAAUUGAAUUGAAUUUACGAAACAAUUCAAUUGCUAAAAUUGAUUCAUCAGCUUUCACACCGUUAACAGUUUUAGAAAAACUUGAUCUAAGUCAUAAUCGAUUGAAGAAAAUUGAACGAAAUCAAUUUCGUGCUAAUAAAAAACUUGGCUAUCUUGAUUUGUCAUAUAAUGAUUUUAAAGAAUUGGGAAAAUCCGAUUUUAAUGAUCUGGUUUCUGUGACCACAUUGAAUUUAUCCUAUAAUGAUUUACGAGAAUUUCCUCGUUCCAUUUUUGGACGUGUUUCACAGCUUAAAGUGCUUAAUUUAUCUGGCAAUAAAUUCAAACAAAUUGAUUCAUAUAUGUUACGUGGUGUACGUUUCCUAAAAGAACUUCAUGCUGGCCAUAAUCUGAUUGAAGGAUUGGCUAAAAAUUCAUUCACAUCAACCACACGUAUCAAAUUGAUUGAUUUAUCACAUAAUCUGAUGACCGAAGUGGAAACAGAAAUAUUCAAAGAUAUGCAAUGGCUUGAUCUAAUUGAUUUAAGCUAUAAUCAUAUAAACAAAAUCAAAAAAGGUUCAUUUCAACGAAUGUUUAAAAUAGCCAUAAAAUUGAACAAUAAUAAUAUAUCAACUAUUGAAUAUAAAUCAUUUCAAGAAUUGAGCAAUAUCACCGAACUCGACCUGUCAAAUAAUCAGAUUGAAACACUUCGUGCCAAUAUAUUCGAUGAAUGUGAUUGUACUAUUUUCAAAUUGAAUGACAAUCAAAUCAGAAAUCUGUCGAAUGUCGACAUAUUUGCCAAUCUGACUGGUUUACGAAUGCUGAAUCUAAGUCGAAAUUUCAUAACAGAAAUCAACCGUAAACAUUUUACAACGAAAAAAUUAUAUGAAUUAAGUACAAUUGAUCUAAGCUAUAAUAAUAUAACGGAAAUAUCUGGAAAUGUAUUCGAAAAAUUCGUCUCCAUACGACAGAUAAUAUUGACGCAUAAUUUGAUCGGUAAAAUUAGCUAUAAUGCAUUUGGAGCAUUGCCAACAUUAUUAGAAUUAGAUUUGUCACAUAACCAAAUCAGUGAAAUAUCCAACGGUGGUGUUUCGAAUCUAUUAUCAGUGAAAACAAUUUAUCUUAAUGAUAAUCGUUUGGAGCGAAUGUUUCCCGUUUCGAUGGCUGUCAAUACAUUACAUUUGGAAAAUAAUCGAAUACAAUCGAUUGGAUCAAAUAUGUUUCCAAUGAUUAACGCAGUGUUGGCCAUCCAUUUAGAUAAUAAUAACAUUAGUCAACUGGAUGAUAAUUCAUUCAGACAAUGUUUAUCAUUAAAUACAUUGACGUUGAAAGGAAAUCAAUUGACUGAGAUACCGCAACGAGCCUUGGCACCAUUGACCUCAUUACAGAAACUUGAUUUAAGUUUCAAUCAUUUAAAAAAUUUAGGUCGUAACGCCUUUGGAACAUUGAAUAUAUUAUUCGAACUUGAUUUAAGCAAUAAUAUGAUCAAGAAUAUCAGUGAAAACUCUUUUGAAGGAUUGUUGCAAUUAUUGGCAUUAAAUAUGAGCCAUAAUGAAUUGAAUCAAUUAACUCCUGAUGUUUUCAACACUUUGGUUUCACUUCGUACAUUGGAUCUAUCAUAUAAUCAGAUUAACAAUUUAGACAAUGGAACACAUAGUCUAUUUGAUCAACUAUUAUCAUUGGAACGAUUGAAUACAUCACAUAAUCAAAUUUCAAUUAUCAAAGAUCGUUCAUUUCCAUAUUCACCAUGGAUUCCAUAUAAACUUCGCCAUUUAGAUCUUUCCUACAAUACUAUACCGGUGCUUACAUCACAUUUCGAUAAUGGACUAUCAAAAUUGAAUUGGUUAUCAUUAAAGGGUAACAUUAUCAAUGAAAUUUAUCCAAAUACAUUGGGUAAUCUAACUGAGCUUGAAUAUUUGGAUCUAUCGGAAAAUGAUCUGCGAAAAAUCUCAAAAGGUGUAUUACAACCAAUCCCUCGAAAACUAAAAGAAUUGGAUCUAUCAUUCAACAAGAUUAAAUCAUUGUUUGUUGAUGAUAUUAUAUCUAUACCAUCACUAAUCAAAUUGAAUCUUAAUUCUAAUCGAUUAAGUCAUAUUGAUGAAGAAUUAAUCGAGCGGAUCAAACAAAAUUUGACAAUUUAUUUUGAUGAUAAUUAUCUUCAUUGUGAUUGCAAAAUAAUGACAUUAGUUUCAUGGAUAUUUUCCCAGCACCAUCAAUCGAAACUGGAGGGCAAACAAUCCACUGUAUAUGAACAUUGGCGAAAUUUACAAUGUCACGAACCAUUGUAUGUGAAAAAUAAAUUUAUGGUCGAUCUUCGUGCCACCAUGGUCGAUUGUGAUGAAAAUGAACGUGAUUCAUAUGGGAAAAAAUUCACAAGCACAUCAUCAAUACGUAUUCGAACAAUAGAUAAAUUUCGUAAACGACGACAAGAAUCGAUGCGUAUCGUUUGGUUCAUACAGAAUCAGGUGGAAGAUAUUGCAUCGUUUCAGAUUCUAUUACGAUCGGAAAAUAAUCCUAAUGAUUAUUUUGUCAAUGAGAAAGUCAAUUAUUUAAAACGUUCAUUCAUUGUAAAUAAUAAUAAUCUACAACCUGGAAAUCGUUAUGUUCUUUGUAUAGUGCCAAUUGAUUCUAUGGGUAUCAUGGUUCAUUCAAAUGGUGAUGAAAAUUUUGAACAAAAUUGUAUUCAUUUCUUUAAUAGUCAUGCACAUGUUAUUAUUGAUGGUGAUCAAACACAACAACAACAACAACAAUCACGACAAAAAUUAUCGAACGCACCACGAGUACAAAAAUCAAAUCAUCAUUAUCAAUCAUCAUCAGCUGCAUCAUUUUCUUCAUCAAGAAUUUUGAUUAGUCACCUUAUUUUAUUAUCCAUCACUUUAUCAUUAUAAUAUAUACUGUAUAUAUAAUUGAUAAUUGAUUGGGAAAUUUUUUUUCCAUGUAAAUAGUAUUAAUACGUAGUACAUAUUUUUCGGUUGAUUUUUUUCCAUGAAAAUAAUCCAAACAACUAAACACAAACA